AGGAGAAAUGAGAGGAGAAAAAUCAUCCACGUACAAGUACUCAAAUAAGAAAUAACUUCUCCAAAGAUGGCAAAUCACUUGCACUACACUGCUGUUUGUGGUGGUGCUUGUCACAACUUCUCUUGGAUACACAAUGGCUAUUACGUUCCGCUUGCCUGCUGGGAUCAACGAGUUCGUGUUCAAGCGGGGAGAGCAACGAAUCUUGGAAAAAGCCGACACCGUGAUGGAAUUCAUGAGGCCGGUGGUGCGAGAUGUUCGUAAACUGAGCAAUCGAGAUUACCGAAACUGCUUCGUCAGGACAACCGCGCACGUGCGGAGGCUGCAGCCCAACACGACGCAGGUGAAGCUACUGAAAGAAGGGAUGAGCUUCUUCAUCCUGCAAUCGAGAGAUCUCUGCCUGCAGGGAGCUAAGACUGCUGUCCAUAUUUACGGACAUAUGAUCCAAAACCCACCACCAGCCCUGCGUGGACGCUGAAUGAACCCUUGGCCCUCCUACUUGUGCUUCUCGUUAAUCUUCGGCUGCGGCUGCGUGCGCUGCCGUCUGAUAUAUAUGAUGCUAUUAUCUGUGUUUUUAAAUUGUCGGUCCGAAGUACUGUUGCUUGUUGUCUUGGGCUCCGUUGACAUGAACCGUGUGUUUUGAACUGUCUUGGCCAAAUAAUCGGACAUGAUGUUAUUUUGCAUGUCUAAAUGACAUUGUGUAGUACUUUCCUUUGA